GCUGGCAGUGAAGAAUGCCUCGUCUCCCGAGGCCCUCUGGUGGUCAGUCCGCAUGCAUUACUUUCUAAGUGCCACGGUGUCUCAGAGAAGGCUUGAGUGCGUAUGUUACGUCAGCGAGUGUUUACACUGUAACCGGCACAGGCUGUGGCGAUCUGUGUGGCUUCUCGUUUAUUAUUUUAUCGUUGUAAUCUUUUUAUUUUUUCUUUCUUGUGUUGAGUGUUGCUGUAUGACACCUCCAAUCUGGAUCGCGGCGGCACCAACAGGAAGAAGAUUGAGGAAUUCUCUAAAUCUUCUCGGGAGAAACUGCUGCAGUCCAAAAACAAAAUGUUUUCCAAAUUCACCUCCAUCCUCCAGCACGCAGUCGAGGCGCUCGCUCCUUCACUUCCCUUGCAAGAGGAUUUUGUGUACCACUGGAAGGCAAUCACACAUUACUAUAUAGAAACAUCAGAUGAUAAAGCCCCAGUGACAGACACAAACAUCCCCUCCCAUCUGGAGCAGAUGCUUGACAUCCUGAUACAGGAGGAGAAUGAGCGUGAGUCUGGAGAGACGGGGCCCUGCAUGGAGUAUUUACUGCAUCACAAGAUCCUGGAGACCCUCUACACGCUGGGCAAAGCUGAUUGCCCGCCUGGAAUGAAGCAGCAGGUGUUGUCAUUCUAUACAAAACUUCUAGGAAGAAUCCGUCAGCCUCUGCUUCCCCAUAUCAAUGUGCACAGGCCAGUUCAGAAACUUAUCCGUCUUUGUGGAGAGGUUUUAACAGCUCCUACCGAGAAUGAAGAAAUCCAGUUUCUCUGUAUAGUGUGUGCAAAGCUGAAGCAAGACCCCUACCUUGUCAACUUUUUCUUAGAGGUGAAGCAGGAUCCUGUCCUGCAUUCUUACAGAAGGCAGAACAAGUCAAAGGCAGGUGCAAGCGGGUCCUCCAUCCCUGUUAGAGAAAGCAUAUCGGGAAAACUCAAAGAACCCAGUGCUUCCUCCGCUUCAGAUACUGGGCAGACUGAGCUCACUGGAGAACCAGAAGCAGCUACCAACAAUGAAACUGAGUCGACGGAACAGACUUCCGAGGAGCCUGCCUCAGUGAACACAUUGAAUAUAUCGUCGCAGAGCGAGGCCCCUGCAAAUCAUCCCAACCAGGACUACAAUCUAGUCAAUUCUUUGCUUAAUCUAACAAGGAGCCCUGAUGGACGGAUUGUAGUGAAAGCCUGUGAAGGUCUUAUGUUGUUAGUGAGUUUGCCUGAGCCAGCAGCUGCCAAGUGCCUGACAGAGAACACUGCCCUGUGUGAGCUUCUGACAGAGAGGCUGACUGUGUUCUACAAAGCACUGCCGCAGUCAAUGGAUCCACUGGAUAUCGAGACUGUUGAGUCAGUUAACUGGGGAUUGGAUGCAUACAGCGGCAAAGAAGACACGACAGCAUUCCCAGGAAAGCGAGCCCUCAUCUCUUUCCUUUCUUGGUUGGAUUACUGUGAUCAGCUUAUCAAAGAAGCACAGAAGACUGCUGCUGUAACACUUGCAAGAUACGUGCGGGAGAGGUUCUUUGUUUCUGUCAUGGAGCCACAGUUAAUGCAGACGUCUGAAAUUGGAAUUCUGACCUCCACAGCUCUGCUAAACCGUCUCAUUCGCCAGGUCACGUCUGAGGCUUUGCUGCAGGAGACAAUUUACUUUAUUCUGGGGGAGCAGAGAGAGCCUGAAACACUGGCAGGCAUUAAUAGUUAUCCUCUGAGGCACCGACUCAUAGAGCAUUGUGAUCAUCUUUCAGAUGAGAUCAGUAUAAUGACCCUAAGAAUGUUUGAGCACCUUUUACAAAAGCCCAGUGAGCACAUCAUUUACAACCUGGUCCUCAGGAACUUGGAAGAGAGAAACUACACCGAAUACAAACCUCCCUGUCAAGAAGACAAAGACGUGGUGGAAAACGGACAAAUAGCUGGAGCCAUAGACCUAGAGGAAGAUCCUCUUUUUACAGACCUUUCACCUGGCAACAGGUUAUCAGCUGACUGGCUGAGUGCAUCCCCGCCUCAAACUCCAGACCACACAAAAUCUGAUGGCAAGACAGAGGUUCAUAAAAUUGUAAAUAGUUUCCUUUGUUUAGUCCCCGAUGAAGCAAAAUCUUCGUAUCAUGUAGAAGGCACAGGUUAUGAUACCUACCUCAGAGAUGCACAUAGACAGUUCCGUGAAUUCUGUGCUUUCUGCACGAGAUGGGAGUGGCCAGGAGCACCGAAGACAUUUGAAAAGUGUCGUUUGGAUGCUGCUUUCUUUGAGGGGCAUUUCCUUAAAGUUCUUUUUGACCGGAUGGGUAGGAUCCUUGAUCAGCCUUAUGAUGUGAAUUUACAAGUGACUUCAGUGUUGUCGAAAUUGUCCAUGUUUCCCCACCCUCACAUACACGAGUACUUAUUAGACCCCUACAUCAACCUAGCUCCAGGCUGUCGGUCUCUCUUCUCUGUGAUUGUCAGGGUGGUUGGAGACCUUAUGUUGAGAAUCCAGCGCAUCCCAGAUUUUACCCCUAAACUUCUGCAGGUCAGAAAGCGAUUGCUGGGACUGGACCCUGAAGAUGCAGUCAUUGACCACAGUACCUUGUUGGAGGGUGUGAUUGUCCUGGAGGAGUUUUGUAAGGAAUUGGCAGCAAUAGCAUUUGUUAAAUUUCACGCAUCAACCACGCCAUAGAGGACAUUGUAAUGCACACUAUGACUGUCACAUACUUUAAACAAGACAAUUUGGAAGCUCAACAGAUGUGCUGCAGUGAGUUGUGGGGAGAGCAGAACUAAAAAGCCCUUCAUUCUUUAACAAAAAGCCGUCCUUUUUCAUGACUGCUGAUCAUGACAGGCCACCAAUUAACAACCCGGCUUUGAUACAGUCUGAUUCUUUAGUUGUCACACCUUUUUGACGAAUGGUCAUGUUGUUAGACGUCCUACAACUGCUAAACCAAAAGCUAAAUUAUGACCCUGUGAAGAUCUUAUAGGAUAAAGAAGGGAACUGGUUUGAAAAGAAUUAGAAAAUCUUGUACCGAGAACAGAAGGAGAUUUUACAACAAUACAUGUAUCAUCCUGCUUAAUGUAUAUGGUGCAAAUACAUGCCAAGCUGUCUCUUGAAAUUUUAUUUUAUAACAUUUUUCUUAAACUGGAUGAGAAGGGGGGGAAAAAAACUAAAACAAAACACAAAAAACACACAUGGGUCUGCAUGCAAAUACUGCCUCUGUUCUUAACAAUGCUUUUUAAAUAAAGCUAGGUGAUUUCUGUUUGUUUUUCAUUUGAGUAUUUUUAGCAGCUAUUUUAGCAUUAUACCCAAAAAUGAAUCUGGACAGAAGUGUAAAUACAAGAACACAACUUGUAGACCAAAAUUGACGACAUACUGCACAAACGAUGCGUAAAAUUCGCAUUUUGCGUAAAUAAGGUAGUAGUAAAAUUUAAUUCAGACAGAAUACCCAAAACAAUUGGUAGAAAAAAAACAUUCGUCAAUUUAAACAUAAACCUUUGUUGUUGCUUGUUGCUAAUGUAUUUGCUUUACAGCCCAGUAUGUUUGUAAAUGUCAUGACGGAAAAAAACUAGAGGAUUACUGUGGUGCAAGCCACUUAGAAACCCUCAAAAGAAUUUAAAUGAACACAUUGGUAUAGAUUUUAAUUUGACCAAAUUGGAUUUUAUAUAUACAUAUAUUCAGAGAAAAACUUUAUUACUACAUGCAUUUGCACUUUUUAUGCUUUGUUAGCCCCAUUUUAUAAAAAAAGAAAUUGUGAUGGUUGAAUAGUAUAUUACGUGUUCCAGGUUAUAGUUUUAGGUUUUUUUUGCUAAAACAGUGCUAUUUAACUUGGGCUGUUGCUUUGUUAAACCGUUGUGUUGUCAUCUGUGCCUUGGGAUUGGGCAUGAUUUUAGGUAUUAUAUUUUAUUUCUAUAGGAAUGUUUCUUUUUAUAUAAGGGAUUAAUUGAUACAACUUCGUAAACAACGUACCAGAUGCAUACCAUUUUAGCAGAUUUUUUUUUUUUUUUUUAAUGUAAACAAUUUAGAAACUCCUCAAUCAGGAAUCACUAGACUUAGGUUAAUGUUUUAGCACAAAUGUAGGUCUCAUCAUGUUAAAUGGAGACUUCAUAUCCAGUGAUAAUAAUGUCAAGUACUGUAUGUUUAUCAUAACACUUAACCAGGGUUUAUGGAUUUCAGAUGCAGAUUUAAACAUGGUAUGUGAAUAGAAAUACUCAUUUAAAAUAAGAGGUUUAAAAAGUAGCAUGGACCACUUAUAGUAUUAACCUUAAGCAACCCGACAGACACACCGAAACCAAACCAGAUUAAAAUCUGUGUUGAACACGAUUGCCGCACAUUCCUGUUGCCCUGAACGUGAAAGUCUGUAUCUUGUAUUUGCCGUGUCUUCUGCCUGGUAGCAAUCUUGGUUUCGUUUUUUUUUUUUUUUUUUAAGAAUGCAAAAGACAGCCUUUGUAUUUCUUAGGACUGUCUGUCCACUUUAUGCAAACUUGUUGUUUUAAAAAUUGCACAUUGAUUUAAAAAAAAAAAAAAAAUGUCUGUUGUAAGAUUCUGGAAAUGUUUCAUACUCUGUAAGAUACUGUUUUGUGUCUGUUUGUUGUAGUAAUAGUGUGUGUUCCAACAAACCAAAUAUUUAUUAAGGAAUGGACCUUGUACUGGAGUGACACCAUUGGUAAAGAUGGAAAAUGUUUUCAUUUCACUUGUGCACAUUUAUUACCAACAGUGUUUAUGCUAUACACGUGUUUUAAUUUGUUAUAUUGGUUUUAUGUAGAAGGGGGAUAUAUUAUAUUUAUGUUGCAGAUAUAUUCACAGAUUGCUGGCUAGACUAUUGCUCUUUUAAUAAAACCAUACUUAUAUUUAAUUAGCACAGAUGUUUUAUAAUUUAGAGGUAAAGUUGAACCAUGUUGCCUUCAGUGUUAAAAUAUGGUCUCAUUGUUUUACAUAUAUUUCUUAAGGGUGUUACCUUAUUAGCCCCUGAUGUAGCUAUUGGAGAGAUCCACAAAUCUGACUAACCAGGAGAGUGAGCAGAAGUUUGUUUGCACAAGUUUUCACUUUAGACACUGUUCUGCAAAUAAAGAGAUUGCUUUACCAAAUGCUGUACAUGUCUCUUCAGCAAACUCAUCACAAGAGGCAUUUGAUGAAGCAUGUCUAAAAAAAUCUGUCAAAAUGACAGCAUGUUCAGUAUCAUUUCUGGUUCAGUAACUCUUGAUUGAAAACAAAACAAGCUAUACAGUAGGUGUUUGUUUAAAAAAAAAAAAUUCCAAUACUAACUUUACUAUAACACCAUUUCUAUUUAUUUAACACAACAAACAUCAACAAUGCUGCAAAAAUGUAAUCUUUGGUUUAUUUGUAAGCUUUUAUAAAGAAAUAUAUGGGAUAGUAAAUGAUGCCUUCAGUAAGGUCCAUUACCUGCAAAGCUGUUGUCUUCCUUGUUCAUCCAGUAAAAGUUGCAUCUGCACCUUACAUUGUACUGCCUAAACUGGUAUAUUCCGAUUCACUGUUAAUGUGUAUUAAUUUUGUAUAUGUUACAAAAAAAAAACACUGUUUGCUUUACAUUGUUGCUGUUGUAAAUAAUCACUUUAUUACCCAUCAUCAGUGACAUUAAAAAAAAAAAAAAAAAACACAAAAAAAAUGCUGCAUACUUGAAAUCUCUUUUUUCAUUGAUAAUCCCAAUAUACUGUACAUGCUGUGAUAGAGUGUAGGCCACACAAGAGAAUACCUGCUUGCUUUUUCAAUCAAGGACAGCACUGCUUUAUGACCUGCAUAAUUUCACUCUGCAUGUAAUACCAUGUUCUAUAUAGGCAAGAGUGUGAGGCUAAUUUAAAAUUUUGAUUGAUUUCCCAUAUAUGCAUUGUAUUGCUAAUUUUAAAUCUGGUUACUGUUUCAAAAGAAGUCAGUGGUUAAAUGCUAUCAAUUUAUAGGUUAAGAUACUGGACCAAAUCAUUUUGCAAUAUGUAUAUAUUUGUGUGGUAAAUGUGUGUUCUGGUGUCAAAUUAAAAUAGACCAAAUUAAGUGCUGUUUGCAGAUUUCAAUUAUAAAUGGAUACUGCAACAUUUGACCAGUAGUUGGUGCUGUGCACUCAUGUAAAAUUAGAUGCAAUAGGAGUGGUCUAGUAAAUUGCCCAAUGUGUGCAGUUUAUUAGUAUGCAACCUUAAUGUAAUAAGCACUAUAGGAUUUGAUGUUACCAGUCCUGGAUUAUGCCCCCGGGAUUCAAUAAAUUACUUUGAGUGUAAGCAAUACUUAGU